GAAUUGUUCAAAGUGGAACCUUCGUUUGUCUACUAUUGAAGAACGGAAUCAUAUUGGCGACGGACAAUUAUGAACACUCGUAUUCCUGUACGUCAGGUUCUAUGGAUUGUGAGGAGGACUUCCCCAUCUGUUUUCAGUUCACUUCAGUCAGGUAACGACUGGCAGCGUCCGUGCAUACAGUGGAGAUUACUCUGUUCCAAGAGUAGCAACCUGCUGCCAAGCGGAGCCAACAAUGACCUAGCAUCCCUGCAGAGGCCGACAAGUCCAGAGUUGCCCCUCUCCAGUCUACUUGACAUGGGGUUCACGGUCCCACAGGCAGAGGAAAUCUAUCAGUCAUUGUCCAAAGUUAGCGGUGGGAAUGCCUCAAAGCACCGAAUGUCAACACUCAUGGUUCUCUUCAUGUUGGGCCUCAACCCCACCAGCGUGGUGAAGUUAUUGAGUAAAUGUCCUGAACUUUACAAGAUCAGUGAAUCCAUUCUCCAGCAACGUAUCAACAACCUGCGGAAACUCGGUCUAGUUGAAGGCAGCCUCCAGCGGGUGGUUGCGCACUACCCCGCCAUCCUGACCAUGCCCGCAAAGUCGGUCAAACACAUGACGAUGUUCCUCAGGGAAAAGUGUUUGUUUACCGUGCAGCAGGUCACCGAUAUCCUCAGAGACAGUCCGGCCAUCGUGCACGAGGACCAGGCCCAGCUGGAAUAUAAAUUUCAGUACACCUACUUCCGAAUGGGCAUCAAACAAGCACAUAUGGUGAAGCACAGGCUUUUUCGUUCCACACUGGAAGAGUUACGCUGGCGCCACGGUUUCUUGGAGCGCCGCGGCUUGUACCAAACCCCCGACAAGAAGGGGCAGACCUUCAUCGAUAACCCCAAACUGGACAGCAUCAUCAACGUGGACUUGGAAACCUUCCUGACGCAGACGGCAAAAGCGUCAGCCGAGGAGUAUGACGUCUUUCAGAGACUGCUGUCCAGAGAGUGGCAGGAAGAGGAGCGUCACCACGGCGACGACAGUGAGGACGAUGACAGUGAUGAUGAGGAGGAGGAAGAGGAUGACGAGAUGGAAAGCAAGGACAGCUACAGGAAAGGAAGAAGAAAGCAAUCACGGUGAACAGAGAAAAGAACUAGGAGGACAGUGAAGAUGGAUUAGGGCCCACUAAAAAAGCAGGAUAAAGUUACAAUUCAAGAGACUUUUAGCGGAGAAGGUAAUCUGUUAUGUAUGUCAAAAUUCUGGAGCCCUGUCCUAUGUAAAAUAUGUAAUCAUGAAAUAUUGCAUUCAUUUAAAAAAACAUUCUGAACAAACACCAUAACAGGUGAUUUCAGUGUGUUUACUUCUCAAAGGAACACACAUAAAUGUAACACAGUUGCUAGCAUAAUUACCCAGUUACCCAAGGAAAAAAAAACAACUACCGUAUUUUCCAGACUAUAAGUCACAAUGUUUUUUUCUAUAGUUUCGCCGGGGGUGUGAUUUAUACUCUGGAGCGACUUCUGUGUGAAAUUAUGAACACAUUAUUAUAUUAUUUCACAUAUUAUUUACUAGGGUUGGGCAUCGAGCAUCGAUUGGAACGUUCGAAUUUUUAAAUUUCGAUUCCAUAUUUCGAUGCCCUGACCGCCGAGCGGGAAAAAAUUGCUCAAGUUCAAAGACUUGAUAUUUAUAUACAAGUUAAAAUUAGCCCUGUGAGAAGUUCAUAUAAUUUAACAAAUCAUCCAGAAGUUAAGGCUUAAAUAUAAACUAGAGAUGUCCCGAUCAAUCGGGUCCGAUCACGUCAUUUUCAAAGUAUCGGAAUCAUCAAAAAAAUAUCGGCCAUGCCUUUUUUAAUUUUUUUUUUUUUUUUUUUCAUUAAAUCGUUUUCUAAUUGUAUUUUACGUUGCAGACAUAAUGUUUCACUCUUCCAGAGUCUUUAGUUUAGGCUUAAGGCAGUGUUAUCAAAUUUAUCCUAAUAACGGCGGUAAUUAAUUUUUUAAAAAAUGUAUCACGUUAAAAUAUUUAACGCAAUUAAUACAUGCGCUGCACGACCCACUCACGCAUUGUCGCACUCAAUCUGUAAUGGUGCCGUUUUACCUAUAUAGAGAGAUAAAAGGCAGCAUAAAAUGAGUAGAGUGAAUUUUGGCAGGCUUUGGAGCCUUUUUUUAAUUGGCUAAAACUUUACAAUCCCUCUCCCUAUAAUAAGAAAUAUCAUGGGAAGCAAUGUGGCGAAGCAAGGUAGCAAGUGAUCUUUAUGUUUUAGGUUAUGUGCCAAUGCAGAGAAGAUCUAUCAAUUGGUAGCACUACGCACAGUCAUGGUUCCACUUCCCAUCAUGCAUUUGGGCAUGAGUACAGUAUCAUUUACUGAAAGCUCAACAAAUACACUAGAUGGCAAUAUUUAGUCACAAUAUACAAAGUCACAAGUCUUUCUAUCCGUGGAUCCCUCUCACACAAUGUCAAUAAUGUAAAUGCCAUCUUGAGGAUUUAUUGUCAUAAUAAACAAAUACAGUACUUAUGUACUGUAUUUUGAAUAUAUAUAUUCGUCCGAGUUUUAUUCAUUUUUUUCUUAAUGCAUUGCCAAAAUGUAUAUGAUCGGGAAAAAUUAUCGGGAAUGAUUGGAAUUGAAUCGGGAGCAAAAAAAAGCAAUCGGAUCGGGAAAUAUUGGGAUCGGCAGAUACUCAAACUAAAACGAUCGGAUCGGGAGCAAAAAAACAUGAUCAGAACAACCCUAAUAAAAACCAUGCAAAUGUUUUUGAUCCUGCCUUUUUUUCUUUUUUCACCUUGCCUCUUAAAAGAAUUGGAAUCGAGAAUCGUUCGGAACCGGAAUCGAAACACGGAAUCGUAAUCGGAACCGGAAUCAUUCAAUUUCAAACGAUGCCCAACCCUAUUAUUUACACCAUAAACCACAAGAGGGCGCUUAAGGCCCGAGUUUCAACAUUGGCAGUAACUUAUAAAAACAACUGAGAAGUGCUGAAUAAACCAUUACAUACUGCAAGUAUUGAAAUAUGCCGCCGAAAACGGUAAUCGAGCAAUAGAAAGAAAGAUUGGAGUUCGCGAGAAACCUAUAAGGGACUGGCGAAAAAGUCAAAACAGUAUUCUGUUGUUCUCUAUUUUUAUUUUAAAUUGCCUUUCAAGAUGAUGAGUGUUCUUGGUGUUGGAUUUUAUAAAUUUCCCCCCAAAAUGCAACUUAUACGCCGGUGCGACAUGUUUUUUUUCCCCUUUUUCAUUGCGCAAUUUUUGAGUGAUGUUGUUAGGGUUUGUGUUGGUUUUCUCUUAGUGUGACUUGUCCCUGUGAUUGCCGAUUGAUUUCACCUGCUGUGCCUCCUAGUGUAUCCUCCAAUCUGCAUCCUCCUGUGCUCACCUGUUCCUCGUUGUGUCGUUACCCCUUGUCUCUGUGUGUGUGUAUAUAAGCUCCCAGUUUCUUUUCACUCCUUGUUGCGUCAUUGUCUAUGUCAACGUCAAUUUCAAGUCCGGUCCAAGCCCUCGUGUACCAGUCCCUCGGUUUAAGUAAGUUUUGGUUUGAACAUUGCCUUUUUGAUACCCAGUCCUUUUGGUUGUACUUUGUGCUUUUGGUUAGUUGUUAUUUAAACAUUUUUGGAGUUCACCACCACCUGCCUUGCUGCUUUUUGUUUCCCUGCAAUUGGGUCCACACCACCUGCUUGCCCGCGUAUUCCUGACAGAUGUGACUUAUACCGAGGUGCCACUUCAGUGCCAUUUGUGGCGCUAGACAUCCAAUCCAGUCAAAAUGAAUUGGAUGUCUUGAAUUGAAUUACCAACAUAAU